AUGAGACCUCAAAUCCUGCUCCUCCUCCUCUUCCUCGCCGUUCUCCCUCUCUCCGCCAUCGCCGCCCGUGGCCAAGGGUGGAAGCAGAUCGAGGUUGUGGACGAUCCGCGCAUCAAAUCGAUGGGCGAAUUCGCGGUUGCCGACUUCAACAGGAAGAGCCACGCCGGCCUGGUUUUCAAAGAUGUCCUAACAGUAACAGAGGAGGCCGCGGGCAGCGAACAAAGCACGUAUCUCCUGCAUCUCGCCGUGGAGGGGGAGCCGCCGAGAUGCUACGACACCGUCGUUCUGGCGUUCGUCUGGCUGGACCACUGGGAGGUUUCCUCCUUUGACAGUAAGAGUUGCCAAGGUUGA